UUUUGACAUUACAUUCUUUACAUUACGGAUUACAAAAAAUCACUUAUUUUUACAUUAUUUAAUAUUAACUUUAUUCAAGAAUUUUUGUCCACACAUGUUUGAGACGGUGGUAUAAUGGCGACCGACAUAGAUAAAGGUGAUUUCGGUGACUGCACUAAUAACAGGCCGCUGAUUAAUAUGAAAAUUAAAAAUUGUAACCAUUUAUUCGACGGCUCUGGAGAGAAUAUACAAUACCACAGUGAUUCUGAGUCAUCGGGGUCGAGAAAGAGUAAAACACGUUACAUAAAUCCGGCAAUAUGUAUCGAGACGGUCGAAGCGUCGCAUUCUGUCACCUCUCUUCAAACUGAUUCGUCGUUUGUCGACGAUGUUACGCCCCAUCCGCAUAGUACGUAUCGCAGUAAUUCCACUCCGUUCCUUAGUAGUCGCAAAUCGAGUGAUUCUUCAGGUAGUAUACAGAGAAAGUCUUGUCGGUUAAUGAGAAAUGAGAAUUAUCAGGAUGAGGACGACGACGGGGAUAUAACACCUAGGAACGAUCGUACCUACCGUGAAGAAGGUGCCGAUACUUUUAGGUUAUCAGUAUCUUCCAUAUCGACCACCACUACAGCUAAGGAAGAGCGGGAACGACAUGAGAAAAAGAAACAAGAGGCCUUUCAGCAAUGGUUAGCACGGAAGGAACAAGAGCAUCAGGCUAAGUUAAAAUUGGAAAAAGUGAAGCGUCGAGUUGUACCGGUCAUCACACCGGAGCAGCGUGAAGAGUCAUUCCGUCGUUGGUUGGAGCGGAAGAGGAAACAGUCUGAACACCAGCGAGCCGAGGAGAUCAUACAGCAGUACAAAGACAAUGAGCGUGUUGAACAGGAACGCAACAAGCGCGAGAGGGACAAGUACGAGAAACUCAAUGAAUGGAUUCGAAAAAAGGAAGAAGAAAUCAAAGCAAUGAAAACCCGAGAAGAACGUCGGGCAGCCCGCGCUGCUAUAGAAGCUGAACGGCGUCGCGCGAAUGGUGACCGUGCAUACCGAGACUGGCUAAGAACCAGCAAAAACAAACCUCUUCCUGUACCACUCAACCAGGGCGAAUUGAGUAUGCGAGGUUCUGUAUCACAAAUGUACAUAAACCCAGUUCCUUGGCAGUCUUCUACGUGACAACGAGGAUAUACGAUGAGCAACAGCAGCACCUACUUACCUAUAUGUUAAUCGUUUUGCAAUUUUAUACGACUACAUCAAAAUCUAGCUUUCUGUGUUGUGUAUUAAUGGCUAUUUAGUAAUUGUGUAUUUUAGAUUAAAUUUUGAAUUUUUAGAUUAACAUUUUCUUAUGGUUAU